CCUCGCGCCCGCGCCAGUCUCCUUCGCGCUCCCGCCCUUCUGGUGCCGCGGCGCGGCCACAGGCGAAGCAACUUUGCUUGCGCUGAGGCUAGCCGGACCUGUCCCGCGCAGAGCCCGCACGACCAUGGACAUUCCGGGCUGGCUGCUGCCGCCGUUCCUGCUGCUGUGCGCGCAGCCGCACCACGGUGCCAGAGCAAUGAAUGACAUUGGGGACUACGUGGGCUCCAACCUGGAGAUAUCCUGGCUCCCCAACCUGGAUGGCCUCAUGGAGGGCUACGCCCGAAACUUCCGACCAGGCAUUGGAGGUCCCCCUGUGAAUGUGGCACUCGCCCUAGAGGUGGCUAGCAUCGACCACAUCUCAGAGGCAAACAUGGAAUACACCAUGACAGUGUUUCUGCACCAGAGCUGGCGGGACAGCAGGCUCUCCUACAACCACACCAACGAGACCCUAGGCCUGGACAGCCGCUUCGUGGACAAGCUGUGGCUCCCCGACACCUUCAUCGUGAAUGCCAAGUCAGCCUGGUUCCACGACGUGACCGUGGAAAACAAGCUUAUCCGCUUACAGCCUGAUGGCGUGAUCUUAUACAGCAUCCGCAUCACCUCCACUGUGGCCUGCGACAUGGACCUCGCCAAGUACCCCAUGGACGAGCAGGAGUGCAUGCUGGACCUGGAGAGCUAUGGCUACUCCUCUGAGGACAUUGUCUACUACUGGUCAGAGAACCAGGAGCAGAUCCACGGGCUGGACAGGCUGCAGCUGGCCCAGUUCACCAUCACCAGCUACCACUUCAGCACAGAGCUGAUGAACUUCAAGUCGGCUGGCCAGUUCCCAAGGCUCAGCUUGCACUUCCAGCUUCGGAGGAACCGCGGCGUGUACAUCAUCCAGUCUUACAUGCCCUCUGUCCUCCUGGUUGCCAUGUCUUGGGUCUCCUUCUGGGUUAGCCAGGCAGCCGUGCCUGCCCGGGUCUCUCUAGGCAUCACCACCGUGCUGACAAUGACCACACUCAUGGUUAGCGCCCGCUCCUCCCUGCCGCGGGCUUCAGCUAUCAAAGCUCUGGAUGUGUAUUUCUGGAUCUGCUAUGUCUUUGUGUUUGCUGCCCUGGUGGAGUACGCAUUUGCCCACUUCAACGCCGACUACAGGAAGAAACAGAAGGCCAAGGUCAAGGUCACAAAGCCAAGGCCAGAGAUGGAUGUGAGGAACGCCAUCGUCCUCUUCUCGCUCUCGGCUGCCGGGGUCAGCCAGGAGUUGGCUAUCUCCCGCCGUCAGGGCCGUGUCCCUGGGAACCUCAUGGGUUCCUAUAGGUCUGUGGAAGUGGAGGCAAAGAAAGAGGGAGGGGCCCGCCCAGGGGGCCCGGGAGGCAUCCGGUCCAGACUCAAGCCCAUUGAUGCAGACACCAUCGACAUCUAUGCCCGAGCUGUGUUCCCAGCAGCCUUUGCAGCCGUCAACAUCAUCUACUGGGCGGCGUACACCAUGUGACAGCAGGUCCAUGUGCCGCUGCGUGAGGUGGCAGCCAGAAACUCCUGGAGAAACAGCCCUCUCUGUGGGUCUCAAAGUGGGACAGAGAUGGAGCCUCGGCUUUUCCCCGAGGACCAGCAGCCUGCAGUCCUUGUUGCUGGAGCAGGAUGGGCUUUGCAAAGAGGACCAUACAGCCUGACCCCUGAAGCUGAGCCUAGCAUUAGCUGGGCCCUUGGGAGAGCUGUGGAUUUUUUAGACUCAGGAUGAUCCUGAUUUCCAGGCCCUUUGCUCUGUGGGGAUCAGGAUCAGAGAGAAAGCAGGCGUGGGUGAACGGCCAAUCUCAUGGUGAGCUGGGGAGAAGGGCAUUUGAGGCCUCUUUGGUCCCAGCAUGAAAUAAAGCUCUGACCUGGCAGCCGGUUACUGUCUUUGCUGCACG